AUAAAGAGAAUGUAGUCAGUAUGAUCAUCGACAGUCUUCUUUCGUCGUAGUGAUCUCGAGGCUGUGUCGCGCAGUUGACUAGUUUAUUUUACUUAAAUUUUCUAACUUGCGCCCAGAUUUAUCAAUAAAUAAAAAGAAAAUGGACGUGCACCCCAGAUGGCUUUUUCAUUUGAUCCUAACUCUGUUAAUCAUCAAAUCAACCCAAUCGCAGGGAACAGAUUGUACGAAUCCAAUCAAUCUAUCAGGAAAAUGUAUAAAUAUUAGAAGUUGUACACCGCUUCUCGAUUUGCUCCGGACUUAUGGUAGUUCAGCGGCUACUUUUUUACGGAAUUCCAUGUGUGGAUUUGAUGGUCGAGACCCAAAAGUAUGCUGCCCGAUAAGUGAAAGUAAUGUUGAUGAGAACGGUAAUGAAUUCCCAACAACGCCGUCACCAGAGCCCCCACUACGGAACACAUCCUAUGGCCCAUUAUUUGCUCCUCAAUGUGGCCAAUCUAAUGGCCCAAUUCCAAAAAUCGUUGGAGGAGUUCCCGCAAUACUUGGAACCUGGCCUUGGAUAGCAAUAUUGGGUUACCGAUCAACUAAACAUCCGAAUCGGCCAUCAUGGCUUUGUGGCGGAACUUUGAUAUCCUCCCGUCAUGUUUUGACGGCUGCUCAUUGCGUUUAUCUACGCCGAGACCUGUAUGUUGUUCGUCUUGGUGAACUUAAUCUCGACGAUACCGUUGAUGAUGGAGCCAAUCCAGUUGAUAUUUCGAUAGAUAAAGCUACUGCUCAUCCUGAUUACAAUCAUAAUCAAUAUACCGAUGAUAUUGCCAUGAUAAGACUAGCACAUGAUGUUCAAUUUACUCCUAACUUGCAACCGAUAUGUUUGCCAUUUGUGAAGGAACUUAUUGGCAGAAAUUUUGUAAAUUCUAUACCUUUCAUUGCUGGUUGGGGCUCAAUUUAUUACCGAGGACCAUCUGCCUUAGCAUUGCAGCAACUUCAAUUGCCUGUAGUUGAACCAGAGACAUGUGUUAAUGCCUUCAAACGAUUUAAUACUGCGGUUAUUGAUAAUCGUGUUAUUUGCGCUGGUUUUGCUAAAGGCGGCAAAGAUGCAUGUCAGGGAGACAGCGGUGGUCCUUUGAUGUAUCCACUUGGAAAAUCAUUUUACAUUAUCGGUGUUGUGUCCUACGGUUUUCGAUGUGCUGAGCGCGGUAUUCCUGGCGUGUAUACCAAAGUCGAAAAGUAUACCGAUUUUAUAACAUCUAAUCUAGAUUAAAUGUGAUUUGUUCUGCUUAGAUCUUAGAUAGAAAACUUUUGAAUGCUUAAAUUUAUAUUGAGACUAAAUUUUUAUGAAUUAAUAAAAGUAAUCAUAAAAAUAAUAAAUAGGAAUAUAAAUAAAAAUAGUGUACUUAAAUUGUAAUAUUCAAAAGUAAUUUAUUCUAUUUUUAACACAAUUUUCCAUAAAAAAUUUCAUCUUUUAAAUAUUUAUCGUUCAUGGAACUGUAACUAUUUGAAUAAUAGAUCAUUGAUGACUGAACUAUUCGUGGUAUGAUGUGCAAAUUAACCACAUUACUUAUGAUCUUUUUGCGAUUGUACUUAUUAAAUAUAUAAAUAUAAAUUAAGUUUUCAAAAAAGCGGCAUGAUGGCCGAGCGGACUAAGUCAUUAUCCUCAUAGUUCGUUCGUGCAUCAUGUUGUGAGGCGAGGGUUCGAGCCCUGACGGUUGUUCGACUAGUUUCAACACCAGCCGUCGGGGGUCACUCCGGUAGCCGAACUGUACUGACAUGGGUUUUCUCUGUGGUUUCCCCAUCGCCACAAUUCCAACAACCGAUAGAAAGGGGUGAGGAAUAGGGUAAAUACAGUACAGAAAGCACAAGUCGGUCCACAGCCGCAUUGGAAUGAAAUUAUAUGUGCGAAAAUUAUAUGUUGAUUAUAAAAAGAGUGGAGAAUAUGUUGAUAAUAAAAAAGGGUUGAAAAAUUGUGCUGAUAAUAUAGAGCGGAUGGUAACCUUGUAAAAACCAGAAAACGGUAUACAAGUAAAACUCAUAAUAAAUAAAUAAAUUAAGUUUUCCGUACUCAGUAAUUAUGAAUCAUGUUUACUAGCUUUGUCCAAAGAAAAACUUAAGCAUAAAAUAUGUUCAGACUCGGGAGUGGCAUUUUAAUUUUUUGACAUUUACAUGUGAUACUCAAAUCAGCAAAUGUUUAACAUUUUUUUAAUUUUUUUUUUUUCAUUAAUUAACUAAGGGCUAAAAAAAUAUUUU